AUCACACACUGAGACCCCUCAGCUCCUCACAUCCACCCUCUGACCCCGCCCCCUCGGGGAGCACCUUUAGGUGAUUAUCGCGAUAAUUAUUCCAACUUAUCGCCUGAGUGUCUGCCCACCGGAAAUCCCCUCUGUGAUCGACAGGCCGCCGCCCUGCUGACCCCGCGCGCUUCAUUUGUAUUUCGUUGUCUGCGGCUCGCGCGCUUUAGUUCCCGUGCAGGCCUGUUUAUUCUUUAACACGUGUGUGUGUGUGUGUGUGUGUGUGUGAGAGAGAGACGGGGGCGUCCUUACAGCCACAAAGUAAACGAAGCAUGAUUAAUUAAUGUAUUAAUUGCCGAGAAAGUGAAUGAGGUUCAGGCGGAGGAAUUCCUGCGCAUCUCACCAUGUGCCAUCAAUUAAUAAUCGGAGCUGUACAACUCCGUGUGUGCGUGUGCGUGUGUGUGUGUGUGUGACUGGGCAGGUUCAUGAUCAAACCCCUGUAACUGUUGCAUUGUUAAUCCGGGCGGAGCAGGAGGGAUUUCAGGAUCGAACCGAUUAAUCAGUUGAAGUUGUAUCAUCCAAUCGACUGGUUGCUUCUCUGUCUUUGUCCAGUUCUAUUUGUUGUUUACACUCAUCACAGCAUGCACUGUGUGUUGUGAAGAUGUAAACAUGUUCCUCUCAGCUCUGAAUAAGCAGCAAGAAGAAAAACUAUGAAAAACUAUGUAAAAAAAAAAAAAAAAACGUGUGAACAUCUCACCGCUGUAAUAAUCCGUCUGUGCUGCUGCAUUUUAAAGGAUCUCUGCAACACUCUAAAAAAGAUGUGUAGCUAUUUCAGCGUGUGAUCCUGUCAGGGGAUCCAGGACCAGAAAGGAAAGCCUCAAAUAUCCAUUUAAAUACAGCUUUAAAUAAUUCAUCUGCUUUGAGCGUUUGAGGCCAAAAUCAAUCACCUCCCUGUGAGACUCGCUGACAUUUCCAUGUGAUGAUUUUCAUGUCAGAAAAUAUCAAAUGAUUCACUGUUUACUGCACAUAUUUAGGGGAUAAUUAAGCAUCGUUUAGAUAAUGACAGGACACUGAAUCCUUUUCUCAGGGCCUCACAGCUGCAGGUUUUUAGAUGAUUUUAACCGCAGCUUCAGCUCUCUGCUCUCAGGACUCCUCACAGUGUGGAGUUCAUUUCUUCCUGCAGGUGCUGGAUUUUCAGAUAUUUUCAACAGAUAUUUUUUUAACAGUGCAGUCGGACAGCAUCCCUCCUCGUUGCUCCUUUACAGUGAGCCAGGCACGCUUAGGGGCGUGGCUACAGACUUCUGUCUCCACGCGAUUGGCGGAGGUGUCCAGAUGGAGGGAGUGAGGAUCCACCAAUGAGGAGGAGCCUGCGCGGCAGUGGUCCGAUAUAGGCGCUGGAGGCGAGGAGCAUCUUCAUUAUAGAAGUCAUUUACAGGAGUGAAGGAGACAGGAGAUCCGCGGGAGCGCAGGAGUUACCUCUGCUCUUUUUUUUCCUGUUUUCGAACCGAGUCUGCACCCGCCGCCGCCACCGAUUCACGACCGAGUGUUUUUUUUUUCAUCCAGUCUGUCUGCGUGUGGCAGAGUUUCCUUUCCUCUCCGAGGCGUUUCUUUCUAGAAAACCACCAAAACGGAGCCGAACGAGGAAGACGGACAACGACCCUCCCUCACUUCUGCAAUCAUGAUGUCGAUGAACAGCAAGCAGCCUUUCAGUAUGCACCCCAUCCUCCACGAACCCAAAUACACUCCUCUGCACUCCAGCUCGGAGGCCAUCCGCAGGGCCUGUCUGCCCACACCGUCGCUUCAGGGCAACAUCUUCGCCGGCUUCGAUGAGACGCUGCUGCAGAGGGCCGAGGCUCUGGCCGCUGUGGACAUUGUGGCCCAGAAGAGCCACCCGUUCAAGCCAGACGCGACCUACCACACCAUGACCACCAUGACCAGUAUGACCUGCACCCCGACCUCCUCCUCCGCGCACCUGCACCACCCGUCGGUGCUCACCUCCCAUCACCACCACCCGGCGCACCACCAGCCGGCGCAGGGUCUGGAGGGCGACCUGCUGGACCACCUCACACCGGGCAUCUCCCUGGGAGGCAUGCCCGGCUCGGACGUCUGCUCCACGGCCUCGCACACCGCCCACGCCCACAUGUCCGCCAUCAACCACAUGCAGCACCACCACCACCCACAGUCCAUGAACAUGCACCCACACGGGCUGGGCUCCCACAGCUCCCUAGGGACCUCCGGCGGAGACGCGGAGCCCGAUCCCCGGGAGCUGGAGUCGUUCGCCGAGCGGUUCAAACAAAGGCGGAUCAAACUCGGAGUGACCCAGGCGGACGUGGGCGCGGCCCUGGCCAACCUUAAGAUCCCCGGGGUCGGAUGUCUGAGCCAGAGUACCAUCUGCAGGUUCGAGUCCCUGACUCUGUCGCACAACAACAUGGUGGCCCUGAAGCCGAUCCUGGAGGCCUGGCUGGAGGAGGCGGAGCGCGCGCAGAGGGAGAAGAUGUCCAAGCCGGAGAUCUUCAACGGGGGAGACAAAAAGAGGAAACGCACGUCUAUCGCGGCCCCGGAGAAGCGCUCCCUGGAGGCUUAUUUCGCCGUGCAGCCGAGGCCGUCGUCGGAGAAGAUUGCCGCGAUCGCCGAGAAAUUGGACCUGAAAAAGAACGUGGUCCGGGUUUGGUUUUGCAAUCAGAGGCAAAAGCAGAAACGAAUGAAGUUUUCUGCGACGCACUAAGACCGGCGGGGGGAAACGGCCCCGUUUCUAAAAAGACAAACCAGAGACACUCUGCUGCUGCUCACUGUCAGAAAAACAAGGUACACCGUUGUGCCUUUUGUUACUGGGGCUUUGACACAGCCAGAGGCCCGUAGGUUAAAAUAUAUGCAUCCAUCUUAACAAGCCAUUUAAUCUCUUAUCGAGUCUUAUAAUAAUAAUCCGUUUCUCAUUUUGACUUUCAAGAUUUCCUGAAAUGAAACAGCAUCCAACAUGUAAAGAUUGGUUUUUAUUGAAGAGAAAUCAUAUUUUCAGACCAAUAACGGACUAAAUGUCUUGUUAAGAGUCAGUACAGUGUUGUCCACCCUGUGAAGGAGCAGCAUUCACAGCCGUUUGCUUUUCUUUUUUGCACCAGUGCCUGAAUUCCAGUUGUGGAAAAACGAUUUCACAGAAAGUAUUCAACACAGGCAGCGACUUUUUUUUUUUUUUUUUUUGAAGCAGAUGCAAAGACAAACCUUGUCUCUGUCUCUGCGGGUGUUUGAGUCGUAUUGUAGAGACACUGUAGGUUUGGAUGCGGGACACCUGAUGACCAGUCUGCUCUCAGUAUCAACAGGAAACUCCUUUUAAUCGUGUGUUUUUUGGGGCAGCGACAACUGGAUUCAACGGUGUACCUUUUUAUUAUUCUGACAGUGGAGACGGAGCACCGGGACCGGGAGAAAGACUGAGACCCUGUCCAGAAAAACUCAAGACUCUGAAAUCUCCCUGCUCCUCCACAGUAUAGGCCGAUACACUCUCUGAGCAUCGCGGCAGAAAAAGAAGGGGAACGACGCUCCGUCCCAUUCACAUGGCAAUUAUUGUACAAACAAAUUAAGAAUAAUAAUGAGGGGAAUCGCGGGAUAAUUGUUAUUAUCCUCCUUAGUUUUUUUAUAUUUAUCAUUGUACAUAUUUGUGAAUAUGUUGCACCUCCGUGUGUGGAAGAGCUCAUUGAAAUGUAUUGAAUUCUCGCUGUCUUUUCUCCCAGGUGUUUGUUUCUGUAGGGGGUUUAAUGGGGGUUUUUUGAAGGGGGGGGUUGUGGCAGAUCGGACCACACGAUUUAAAAAAAAAAACGUCGGUCUGUUGCUCAUAUAUGAGGCACAGUAACUACUGUAAUCCAUUGCAUGGUUUACUCGUUAGGGCGGGGGGAGACAGGGAGGGAGGGGGGUGUUUUCUGUGCGUCUGCGGCUCCAAAAAUAUGAAACUAACCCCCACCCACCCCCACACCACC